AUUCCCUCUUUAGAACUAGCCACCAAACUCAACUAAUUACAUCAUAUAUAUAUUCUUUAUCUUCUCUUGUUGGCUUUUCAAAAUUAAAUUAAACAAUAGCUUCAAUGAGUUCAAUAAGCAAAGCUCCAUCCAACAAUAACAUGAUAAGUUUUGAGUCUUCUGAGGAGAGUAGUUGGACCAAGUAUUUUGAGGAUUUCUUUAACAAUGAUCAGAAAUGUUCUAUUAAUUCUUUCUCUGAUUUUGAUGAUGGCUCUUCUUCCCUUGUCUCUGAUGCUGCUAAUUCCUUGGUUGGUGAAAAAAAAUUAGCUGAUCAAAGUGCACAAGGUGGUAUGGAAUAUAUUAAGAAAUUGAGUUUCAAGAAGAGGAAGAAAAUCAUAACUAGUUUGGUUGAUCAUGAUUUGGAAGAUACUGCAAGUUCUCCUAUCAAUAGCCCUAAGGUAUUCAAAGCAAAAGAGAAGGAAGAAAUAGACCACUUUUAUCAGGAGAAAGGAAAUACCCCAAGAGAAAAAGAUGAGAGGAAGGAAGUGGGAUUGAAUGAAAGAGAUACUAGUAGGGACCACACAGAAUUAAAUAAAAAAGGCCUUUGCUUAGUUCCAAGGUCUAUGGUAUUGAACUAUGUAGGUUGAUUAUAAGAUUUUAAUGACACCACCUCCAUAUAUGCAUUCCUUUCUCUUAAUUCUAUUGUUGGAAUCAUUUCUCUCUCUCUCUUUGAAAAUAGCCUAGUAGUGAGAAUCUCGCACCUUAAGUGUGUAAAAAUUAAAGGAGGAUUGCUAGUUUGAACAUGCGCUUCAACAAAUAUCAAAUGUUCUAUUAUAAAAUUAAAUUGUAUUUUCAGGACAUCAUUUCUUUUAAUGUAGUGUAUAUUUGCACCUUGUAAAUAUAUAAUGAGAUGCAUAAUUAUUUUUCGUUUUUA